UUUCAUUAAAGUAGUACUGUGGAUGGGUUUCAUCGAGCUGCUGGAAUAUCUAUGGACUCACAUUUUAUAAUAUCUUGAAAACAACUUGAUGCUUCCUUCGGACUUCAUUUCGAGCUAAAGUUGAUUCUUAUAUUUUUUUAUUACUCGUUCAGAGGAAGGUCAGGAUGGACUUCACUUCAAAUUCAUCUUUUUCCCUCUUCAAUUCACCUGAUGGUCUGCAGAAAGAACACGAGCAACAGUACGACAACGUGCUCAUGCCCAGCAUCUUCGGGAUCAUCUGCUUCUUCGGGAUCUUCGGGAACUCCGUCGUCAUCUACACCAUCGUGAAGAAAACCAAGCUGUGCGCUCAGCAGACGGUGCCGGACAUCUUCAUCUUCAGUUUGUCCAUGGCCGACCUCCUGUUUCUGCUCGGCAUGCCCUUCCUCAUCCACCAGCUCGUGGGGAACGGCUCCUGGUGCUUUGGCGCCACCAUGUGCACCGUCAUCACGGCGCUCGACUCCAACAGCCAGAUCGUCAGCACCUACAUCCUGACCGUGAUGACUCUGGACCGUUACCUGGCAACCGUGCACCCCAUCCGCUUCAAGCAUGUGAGGACCCCCUGUGUGGCCCGGGCGGCGGUGGCUCUGGUCUGGAUCCUCUCCCUGGUGUCCAUCACUCCGGUCUGGAUGUACACGGGACUCAUGCCCCUCAAGGACGGCUCGGUCGGCUGUGCCCUCCUGCUGCCCAACCCGGCCACCGACACCUACUGGUUCACCCUCUACCAGUUCUUCCUGGCCUUCGCUCUCCCCUGGGUGCUCAUCUGUUGGGUCUUUUUUAAGAUUCUGCAGAACAUGUCGGCUACAGUCGCCCCUCUGCCUCCGUGCAGCCUGAGGGUGAGGACGAAGAAGGUGACCCGCAUGGCGGUGGCCAUAUGCCUGGCCUUCUUCACCUGCUGGGCUCCUUAUUACAUCCUGCAGCUGGCCCACCUGGGAGUACAGAGACCCACCUUUGCCUUCAUGUACGCCUACAACAUCGCCAUCAGUUUGGGCUACGCGAACAGCUGCAUCAACCCGUUUAUCUACAUCGUGUUGAGUGAAACAUUCAAGAGGAAGUUCAUUGUUGCCAUCAGGCCGACUCACAAAGUGUUCAGGGUCGCCCCCGCUCUCCCCGACGGCAGCAUGAGCCUGAGGAUGGCACCAGACAACACUCACCCGUCCCACCUGGAGUCACCCAGAGAGCUGGUUCACCCACUGUGGCUGUGCACUGAGACCGACACACGACCCCCCCAGCCAUGAUCGCCAACCACGGCAAUCAGCAGAUCAACACCUGCUGCAGCUGGCUGCUUUUAUUCCUGCAGCGAUAAAACAUCACGACAACAAUCAGGAGGUUGUUUCCAAUCAGAAUGUGACUCUACUGAACUAAUAAGAAAAACAUGAGACACAAGAUAAUAUCAUCUGAGAACUUUGGAUGUGAGUAAGAGAGGCACACCGGAGCCGAAAAAAGGAAAUUGGAAGAAUAGUGUCGAUGACAUUUUCAGACUCAGCGAGUGACAGAAAAUCUGGAUCAGUCGACCAAUCAGCCAAAAGAAGAAACACUGAUUCAUUAGAGAGCUCAAUGAGUGUUUAAAGUGUGUUCAAAUCAUGACAUCACAGUAUCUACCGAGCCCCCCCCAGGACCCACAGGAAAAAAGUGAUGCAUUGCUUUCAACAGUAAACAUUCAUUUUAUUAUCUUUAUUGAUUAAAUCCAGACGGAAUAUGCCAACACACUUGUUGAUACCAAAAUACCUUUCCAUACAUUUCCUAGUAAUUUUUUAACAGAUCUCAUUUUGACCACCUCAGAGCAGACAGAGCCUCAGCCCCCCCUAAAGUCUCAGGCGUUCCCCAAAAGAGAGGUCGGACCCCAGACUGGGAACCAAUGUUCUAAUUCAUUGUGAUAUU